AGACAGAGAUGAUCAGCUGAAGAGGGAGCAGUGGCCAUGCCUGCCUUCCUUCAUGCCCUCUGCUUUGCAAGCAGGGCUCGGGAGCACUGACGGACGGCAAGAAAAGAGGCUGCUCCCCUUGCUGGUCCAAGGGAAGACGAGAGAGUCACUGGGGAGGAUCAAUCCCCUCCCAUAGCACUGGAUGCUACCAUCCACCUCUCUACUGCCAUAAUUUCUGGGGCUGAGACCCAUCUCUGAGCCAAUGCAGGACGCAGCACUUUCAAGAGGCACCCGUGGCUUUGGGAUGCCAUGUCCGCUGCUCCUGCUUCUGGCCUUUGCUGUCAUUCUCCUGGAUCCUGUCCACUCUCAGCAAUGCUCAUUGGGAAGCCCUUCGCCCAUCCUUCAGUUUGCUGAUGUGGGUGCUGAGCAGCGGAUUCCUGCCCACCAUCGAGUCCCUGGAUCUAUGGAUCACCUCUACGUCCUUGUCCACGGCUACCUUGAAGUUGUUCAGCAGAACCCUUUCCCGACAGGUAAGGAAGCCAACUUCUCCCAGCCGUGGGAGCCGGGUGCAGUUGCCAACGGAGCAAGAAACAAACGAGAACAAGCUGUAGCCUGACCAGGCCUUGUACCUUCAAGAGUAGCUUGAUGUGCAAGAGUCAGCAGAUAAAACUUCUAAUAGCAUGAGGGUGAAGCACUUGUCACCUGCUCAGAUCUGUGGCUGGGCUAGUUCUAAAUCCACAAGAGAAGGAACUGGUUAAAGGAAAAGAAAAAAGCAACCAGAGAGCCAAGGCAACAGAAAGGCCUUGAGACCUUUUAGAAAAAUGUGGGACCCAAGGAAAGACACACAUUAAAGAAACCCCAGGCAUUACUGCCACUGCAGGCUCUUAACAGCAGCUUCAUUCUUCUCUGCUAGGGUGGCUAAAAUGCAACACAUUUACACACACACACACACACACACACACACACACACACCAGUGGUAGGUGCCUAUCCAGCAAAUUCAGGUUGUGUAAUUAAAGUGGAUUUGGCGCUCUUGUGCAGCAAAUCUACGUCUUCCAAAAAUGCAACUUUUUGCAGUAAGGAAAGUGACAAGAAAGUGCACUGAAAGUGUGGGAUAACGAUUGAUGUGACAUUGUAUAACUUCCCUGUAAACAAAUCAAAAUGAAUGCUCAAUAAAGAGGUCAUCUGGAAGUGUCCUGGGGGUCCCUGCAGCCUGAUCCACCAUGUAGCAGCUUCUGUGGGUGUUUCCCGUCUUUCCCCUCAUCAAAACCCACCAGCACGCCCAGUCUGUUCUGUACCUUAGGCAGACCCCAGCCUCCUAGGAAUCUGGCAGGGUGUUCAUCUGGCAGAGGCGGAUUCAGAGGAGUGCCCAUACUGGGCGCUAAAGGGAGUGCUGCAAACAUGACUUAGAAUAGAAGGCAAGAGGCAAAUCAAUUCCUUCCACAUGGCCAAGAAACACAUUUUGAUAUUCGUUUUCAACAUUGCUCCUGACAGAAACAUACAGUAAUUGUUUUAACUAUACAAUUUCUUUUAAAUUGCAUCCUCACUUUCCCCCUAAAUCCCUUCUGGUUCAGCAUCCAUUUCUCACAGUGAUUGAUUGGUUGUACUUCUAUGUCACAUUUCAUUCAAAUUAAUCUCAAAGCGUCUUUUAAGCAAUGAAAAACAAUAACAUAAUAAAACAUACUAGAACAUCACAAAUAUAGCAUAAAUCAUAUAAAAUAAUUAACAAAUCAUCAAUAAAACAAUUACAAACUAUAAAACACUAUUUACAAAACAGAAGUUAAUAAGUAAGCUUUUUACAGCAAAAGCCACUUUAUAUGAUUAACAAAUCAGUAUGGUGGCCAAACAGAUGCUUCUUCUGGGAAGCUCAUAAGCAGAACCCGAGUGCAACACCAGCAGUCUCUCCCGUUGUAUUCAGGGGCACAUUACCUCUGACAGUGGAUUUAGGAUAGAAUGGGAUAGGACUGUAAUGCAGGUAUUUCUCAUAUGAGGAGGACUGGGGUGCCUGAAUGUCAGCUGUUUGCAUUCAAUGCAUAUGUGGCAAAGCAGAGGAGGGAGUCCACCAACGUCUCUCAUAUUACAGUUGAAAAGUGAUGGGUCCCUUGCCCCCCCCCCCCCCGCCGGCCAUUUGUGCAUCGGCAAAAAGGAGGAAAUGAAUCACCAAAGAAGGGGGCACUGAUUUGCAUAAAUUGCAUGGAAUAGAUGUAAAUUUAGAAAUUAUUAAUUUAAAUUAAAAUAUGAGACAUCUGACCCAGGCCAGGAAGAUUGUGACCAGAUGAUCAGUGUAAAGGGACACAUGACCAUUCUCUCUACCUGGAUUCCUUUUAAUAAAUCAACUUGUCUGGGCAAGUAGCAAAGCUUGGUUUGUUCCACAGACGGAAGUUGACUGGGAGUUGACUGCAAACUUGUACCUGCUGACUGGGAGUUGAGUGGGAACAGGACUGAAGGUUGGAUGUGACAAGGUGCCGCUCCCGUCCACGGGUAGCCAGCAUGGUGCUGCCCAGAUGCUGUGAACUUAGCGAUGGACAAAUAUGUACAUUUCAGUUUCUCUCCCAGUUCUCCACAUUUCCACAUUAGUUGUGAUUAUUUUUUUUUUGUCCUCAUGAAAAUUCACCAGCAUUUUAGUGUGAAUUUUUCCAGUUCCCCCCUUUUGUAUGCAAUUUUGCCUUUUCUACACAUUUUCAUGGUGCAAUUUCCACCAAUGGAGCACAUUCUUGUAUGUUAUCUUCACUAAUUUUUGCAGUUUUCUGCACUUUCCUCUUUCUUUGUACACAUUACUUGGCUGGAAACCUGCACUGCGGGAUUCAGAAAAGUGCAUUUCAUAGGAUGGCUGUGUUUUGGUAGCUGUAUUGUUUCAGAAAGUGCUGAUUAGGUUGAUUCACCUAUCAAUGCAAGCUGAGCUGGAUAUCCGUUCCUUCUCUAUGUAAACUACAACUCUCAUAAACCUGGCCAGUGUUGAAGGGUUAUGGAAGCUGUAAUUCCCAAUGUCUGGAUACACCAUAUUGACUACCCCUGAUUUAGACCCUCUGAGGUCCUGAACAGGGCCUGGUUCUCUUGGCCAAAGUACCGUAUUUUUUGCACCAUAACACUCACUUUUUUCCUCCUAGAAAGUAAGGGGAAAUGUCUGUGCGUGUUAUGGAGGGAAUGCCUACGGGUGGCAUGCCUACGGAUUUUCCUCCUCUAAAAACUACGUGCGUGUUAUGGUCGGGUGCGUGUUAUAGAGCGAAAAAUACGGUAUGUGAGAAGAAGGUGAUACACAACCAGACUGUCCUUUUCCUUUCUUUGCAGCUAUGGUGAGCAGCUGCCAGGUUGCUCGGGCAACACUGAGGGGUUAACCUCCUCUCCGAAACUAUUUUUCAGAACUAACUGCCCUCCCCUACAUAUUAAGGUAGAUGCUAACACCCUAGUGGGUGUGGGGAAUUGAGGCAUACAGAGAUGAGUUGCACCACUUAGGACUGUGGGCCAGGGGUAGCUAAUGUGCAGCCCCUCACCUCAAAUGUUGUUGGGCUAUGAUGCCCAUCAUCCACAGGCCACUGGUCAUCUUGGCUUGGGCUCAGGGUCGGAUUUAGGUUUGAUGAGGCCCGUAGCAACUGAAGGUAAUGGGAUCCUUUAUAUGUCCAGCUGUCCUUUGUCAACAACAAAUUGUCGCUUUUUUGAAUAAAUGCUAUGUGGUAAUUUAUGGACUUAAUAGGUAUCUAAAGCCAUUUUAUUUGUUUUUUAUACUAUAUUUUGGAAAUGUACAUUCAGUUUCUUUUCCUUUACAUUUUUUGGGGGGGCCCAAGUGAGUAGGGCCCUAAGCUAUAGCUUGUUAAGCUUGUACGGAAAUCUGGCACUGCUCGGGCUGCUGAGAGCUGCAGUGAAGAACAUGUGAAGGGCAGCACAAUGGUUACUCCUGCUAUAGGUGAAUGCUAUUGUGACCGACUGCUCCUCCAUAUGAAAAUGUUCCUCUCAUCCUGCACCUAGAAAGAUGGGUAGGCUAGAUCCUGACACGCUAGUUUUCUAUAUGAAUGGUCCUUGUAUGGAGGAACAAUCCCUCAUGUAAGCCGACAGGACAGCAAACUUGUACCUACUUGCCUGCAUUCAGGAACUUACUUAUGAGUAGACAUGUUUAAGCUUGAACUGUUGAGCUCUAGUCCUAUUCACACUUGAAUAGGGUUUGAACUCCGUACAAAUUACUUCUAAGUAAAUAUUAUCAGGAUUGUAGUGUGUGAGUGCAAUUAUAUGCACACUUCCUUGUGAGUAAGCCUCAUAGAACUUAGUGAGACAUUUUGCAAGUAAACAUGUACAGGAUCCAUCUGUGAACGGAUCAACAGCCUCUGUUGACAGAGUUGCGGUCUACAUUUCCAUGUCAUUUCCAUGCAAAAAGAAAGAGGCUCUAAUAACCAAAGGGAACAAGCCCUUUUCUCAAAGUGUGUAUAAUAAAAAGACAAAUAAUAGGUACCAACAAUUAACCAUAGUCACAGGAAGCUCCUCAGUGAUUAUGCUAAUAAAAGAAAAAACAACAAUUUGCUCCAUUGAUGUUGUGAAUGGUUGGGCUUCCCAUUGUUUGUCAAGUUUAAAGAUGGCAACUCUUAACCAUGAGAGAGCGGCCUGGCAGGUUGACUGUAUUCAUGUUUCUUUUGGAAUAAGGUAUAGAAUGCCAAAAUAAUUUUUCAAAGAGAAGAAAGGUCAGUUCUGUAGGAACCGUGGUUGCCUUGAUACUGUUCCGCGUUUCUGGGGAGACAUUUGAAAGGCUAGAUAAACACACUCCUACCGUUGCGAUGGAAGGAAGGUAUAAUUAGUGUUAAGAAUUUUAUUUUUAAAGAUUUUUAUUUUAAAAAAUCAGGAUUUUAGAAGUACACAAAACUGGUGCUGAACUGGAUUUUCCCUUUACGAAGAGAAGCACAGGCCGUGGGCAAAGGUGUUGAGGGGUGGGUUGCUAUGGCAAUGUUUGAAUAUUCUGCAACUAAUGUGCCUUAUUCCACAGAGUUGCUGAGGGAUGCCCUAAAUGACCCACCGUCUGCUAAUACUUCACAGGUAAGGAAAAACAGAGGAGGGAAGUCCACUUAGGGGGAGGAUGUCCACCAUUUUGUGAGCUCGGAGUCCAUGUUGGAUACCACAGUUUAGUUUCUUAGGUAUUUUCUUCUUUAUAUGCCCAACUACAGUUCUGAGGCUUAUGCACACAUGGCUUCCACAAGAACGUUUUCUGAGACAUGGGCUCAAGUGGAGGUAUAGCUGGGGAACGGUGUUGGGAGGCUGUGUAGACAGUUGAAAGAGAUUUGACAUUAGCAGAUAUUUAAGAAACGGCGAGGACUUGGAGUUGGUGGGCAGUAAACCUGAGGAUGUUGUUAAGAGAAGAUUAUAACAGAAGACAUGGGAGUCCUUCCCAUCUCAACUCGUCUUGGGUUGCCAUAUUCCAGGGAUCAAAAACCCGGACCCCCACCAUCAGGGCACCCCUCACCUCUCUUACCUUUGCUGUCUUCGGCCUCCGGCUCAUGAAGGGAGACCGAGCAGCCCCAGGACGGCCACACAAGGCCUGGUGGCGGCCAGGAACAACACCAAGCCUGGCACGACCCCCAGCAGGCCGCUCCAGGCCACCCGAUGCCUGCUCCCUGUUCCGGGGCACAGUGCCUUCUGAGCAUGCACAAAACAAAAACAUAAAAAUAAAAACAACCCACCCCUCAAACCCGGACAUUUAAUUCAAAAUGCAAAAAUCCACCCAGAUGGGGGGGGCUGCCCCCCCCGGACAUGUCUGGGAAAUUCCAGACUUAUGGCAGCCCUGAACUAAUUCCUUCCUAGGUAGACCUCCUCAAGUGCCACCCUCUUACCCAGGGGUCUGUAUCCCACAAAAGCUAAUACCAAGGCUCUUGGUUUUGCUGCAAAAAAGCUAUCAUGGCUGACUACUCUGGAAAUCUCGUCUCCUUAGUUCUCCACUGAUAACAUGACAUUCCAGCAUACAAGGAGUCCACAUGUCCCCUCUCCAACCUAAUCCUUCUUAACAAUGGACAUUUUUCAAUUACAAUGAGAAUCAUAACUAAGGCUACAUACACCAUACAUCUAAAGCACUGUAACACCACUUUAAACUACCCCCGGUGAACUCUGGGAGCUGUAGUUCCUUAGGGGUGCUGAGACUUUUUAGGAGACCCCCAUUACUUUCACACACCUAGAAUUCCCAGAGUUCCAUAGGAAGAGAGAUUGAUUGUUAAACCACUGUGGGAAUUGUAGCUCUGGGAUGGGACUUGGCGGUCUCCUAACCACUUUCAGCACCCUUAACUGACUACAGCUCCCAGAACUCUUUGGGAAAAGCCACGACUGUUUAAAGUGAUAUGAUAGUGCUUUAAAUGUGUGGUGUGAAUAUGGCCUCAGGGAUCACAGAAGCCAAGCAGAGUGGUGGUGGUAAGAGAGACCAGCGAUCAUUCUCUGAAGGACUCUUGCUUUCUUCUCCAGAUUCUCCAGUAUCAAACAGGAUACAUCAUCUGUGCCACAAUUGCUGUCAUCUAUUUUGUGGCGGUGCCCAUGACCGGGUUGUGCCUCUGCUGCUGCCGGAAGCACAGGCGCUGUGGCGGGCGGAUCAAGGCAUACCGUCGCUCCCUUCUCUGCCAGCGCAACCUCCUCAUGUUCUGCCUGCUCUUGACCACACUUGUCAUCCUGUAAGUGAGGACCUGAGCUAGUCCACGACAUCCGUGCAAUGGUGGCGGGGCUGCUUGUAGGACUGACAGUUACAUGGAGGGGGAAGGAGAUGAAACUUUCUGGGGAGGAUGUGAGGCUUGCCAUUGAACACCUGCAUUGGCUUUCCCAUUUCCUACCAGGCAUAUCUAGAGGUUCUGGGUGGUGGUGGUUGUUGUUGUUUUACCUACAUAGCUUUAAAUAAGGAAUUAGGCCUUCCUGAUUGUGUUGGGCUUCCAUCAGCACCAGCCAGCAUGCCAAUGGUCAGGGCCAGGGAAGAUGGGAGUUAGAGUCUCAAACUGUGUAACUCUUGCCCCCGGUGUCUAAGAGCACAGCAGCAUAAGAAGGACAAGAACUGGCCUGAAUCAGACCAGUGGCCCAUCUGGUCCACCACCUUUUUGUCUCCUCCUCCUUCCAGUUCUGUCCCACCUUUCCUUUGAGGAGCUCCUGGUGGUGUACACAGUUCUUCCCUGCUCCCCAUUUUAUCCUCCCAACAACCCUGUGCAGUAGACUAGCUUGAGAGACAGUGACUGGCCCAAGGUCACUCACUCACUGGGCUUCCUGGUUAACCAAACUCAUUUGGCUAUUUAACUCGCCUUGAAGCUUCGCAGGUGGGGCUCCCUAUAACCCACAGAGCACCAUUCCUAUAAGCCCCAUUCCUUCUUCCCUUCCUUCCUUUCACAAACCACUUUCCCCAGGUUUCUGUGCAUCCUGAUUUGUUGUGGACAAGUUAUGCCAGCACUGUCAGUGGUUCAAGAUGUUUGUAGGCAGAUUAGUGUUCCUUGUGCUUCAUGUUAAUUUAGCAUUUUGGCCUUCAGCUAGUGAGUCAGGACUCUCAAGUGGACGAUGCUGCAACUUCAUGUGGAUUUUAGAGCCAGCACCACCCUCUCUUUUUUGUUGUGUAGGCUUUAUUUUUAAAGGAGAAAAGAUGUGUGGAAUGGAGAAAGAAAAGACUAAUGGGAAAACUAAAGCGCAAAUGAGAAAGAAAUGUCAGAUCUGUCAAGCAGAGAAUUGUCCCAUAUUGCAGGCUGGGGUUGGAGAUGGUCCAAAGUCUGAGAAGGUGAAAGGCAGGCUUGGACCAACUGAGCUCUGUGGUGCAGUGGUUAGAAUGCUGGACUGGGGAGAUCAGAGUUCAAAUCCCCACUUGGCCAUGAAGCUCAUCAAGGGACCUUGAGCAAGUCAGUAUAGCCUACCCCACAGGGCUGUUACGAUGCUAAAACAGGAGGUAACCAUGUUUGCCACCAUGAGUUCCUUGGAGGAAAGGGAGGGAAGUAAGUCAGUAACCCUGGAAGUACAGAAUGCUGACAUGACAUGAAAACUACCUGGUCCAUCACCUGAUGGCUGCAAAUCAAUGUGUGAAUGAACAAUCACUCUGCCUGAUAGUAUUUUCACCCCACUGUGUAUGUAUACAUGGAUACAGUUCACACAUAUUCAAUUGCUUGCCAGUCAUCCAGUAUUCAGUAACCAAAACAAGAGACGUGCAUAGUCAGACAGAGGAGAUCACUAUUUAUACUAUGCUUGUACCACUUUUCUUGCAGAGGUGGUGUUAUCUGUGCUUUUGCUGCCAAUCAGAAGGUGAAAGAAGAGUUGGAGCCUGGAACCCGGGAUGCACUAAACACCCUGCAGGUUUUGAGGCACCACAUGAACUGGGUCCCCCGAGUAAGUUGGCAACACCUCUUGUCUCUUUCUCUGCCCAUCCGCCUUUGCUAUGAGUCAUUAUUGCCAGGAAAUUUUGUCUCUUUACUACUAAGAUGUCCAGGUAUAGACUCAUGGGUAUAGAAUCAUGACUGGAAAGUUGGACCUAUGUGGUGCUCUCGGGCAUAAGUGCCUCUAGGUUGCUUUACAAGACUCCUGUUACUUGUUUUCAAGAAGGUCUCUGCUCAAAGUAUUGGGUGCUGAGGCCCAGGGAAGUGGUUUUCCAGCCCAGUGGGUGUGGGACAGGGCAGAGAUGAGUCAGGAUGAAGGUGAAAUUCUGAGGAAGGCAGAUCAGGAUCAGAAAUGUUGGGAGGCUGGUGGUUCAGUGCACUGAGCUGUUCUUAGGGAUGGGGGGUGGUGGAGUUUGAUUCAGUUCACAUUUUAAUGUGAAACCAUCUUAAUUCAAACUACCCCAAACAACACACAAAUUGAAACACACCCAUACUUCAAAAUUUACACACUUCUGAAUUUUGCAAUGCAGUUCUCUUACAAAAAAUGUGUAUUAAAAAUGUGUAUAUUAGGGAAAUGUGUGAAUAAACUCUUUUUUAAAAAUGCAGAUUGAUGUGGAAAUGUGGCAGACUGAAAUUAAGAUAGCAAAAUAUGAGAAACUGAGCAAAACUGCUCUCUGUGAGAACAGCAGGUGAUCACUGUGGGCAGACCCACACCAUACAUUUAAAUCACACGAAUCACCCCAAAACAGAAUCCUGGGAAUUGUAGCUUGCUAUAGGUACUGAGGGGACACGGGUGGCGCUGUGGGUAAAACCUCAGCGCCUAGGACUUGCCGAUCGUAUGGUCGGCGGUUCGAAUCCCCGCGGCGGGGUGAGCUCCCGUCGUUCGGUCCCAGCUCCUGCCCACCUAGCAGUUCGAAAGCACUCUUAAGUGCAAGUAGAUAAAUAGGUACCGCUUUAUAGCGGGAAGGUAAACGGCGUUUCCGUGUGCUGCACUGGUGCUGGCUUGCCAGAGCAGCUUCGUCACGCUGGCCACGUGACCCAGAAGUGUCUCCGGACAGCGCUGGCCCCCGGCCUCUUAAGCGAGAUGGGCGCGCAACCCCAGAGUCGGUCACGACUGGCCCGUACGGGCAGGGGUACCUUUACCUUAUAGGUACUGAGAAAUGUAGACCUGUGAAGGAUAAAUUCCCACAAUUCUUUGGGGGAAGCUAUGUGCUUGAAAUUUGCAUUUAGUGUGUUUUUAAUGUAUGUUUUGUAGCUGCCUUAAGAUUAGAAUUCCAAUCUGCCGUGGUGAAGAUGGAUGUUUCAUGGCACCUGAGUGUGUCAGCCACUGGUUCAGAUGCAGAGACGUCCUCCCCCCAUCCCGACCCCCACUGGCUGCUUCUGCUCUGAGAAAGUGGAAGGACAAGGCAGCCUCUGCAUAAGAUAGGUUGGCUUGCUGGCCACCCUUGCGCCUGGCAGCUGCCGCAGCAGCAGCAAGACUCCUUAACUGCUUGUGUGCUAAUGCGAGCUGGCAAGCGGGUGUCCUUGGAGACACAAAUCCAGGGCACUCUGAAUGUGCCACAGCCUUCUUCAGCAGCUGGCAGUGGCACGUCCCCUUUGCAACCCCAGAGCAGAGAAAAAGCUGAGAAAACUGCUCUGCAGCCUGCGAGAGAUAUCUGUGGCGCCAUGGGGUGGUCCAAAGGGUGACGAGGGGUUGCUGAGCAGUGGGGCAAGCUGCAGAGGAACAGCUUCAUUAACCAGAAGUGGGUGAUGAGCCAUUUGGGAGUGGCGUGGUGGGGGAAGAUUUAGUUGGCUGGGAGUCAUUUUAAUUUGCUCUUCAUACACAGCAUUAAAUCUUAAUGGGUAUUUUAUUGUUUCACCCUGUUAUUGGGAGUUUUAAAAAGAUGUUACUUCCCUGACUGGGAGGAGCUGAACUAGAAAUCGGAUAAGCCUGCACCAAACAUUUUCCACUUAGAUGCCACAAACCUGCAAGCUUUCCAUGGUGUCAUUUAAAUCUGGCACCUACCACAUAGCAGGACAGAGAAAAUGUGUAUUUUUUAGGAUGGCGUAAACAACAAAAUGCUUCUAGUUCAGCCUUGCCCAGUAUGAUGCCCUCCAAAUGUUUUGGACUCCAACUCCCAUGAGUCCCAGCUAGCCCACCUUGAGCUGACUGGGGCUGAUGGGAAUUGGGGACCAAAACAUUUGGAGGGCAUCCUGUUGGGCAAUGACCCAGUCCACAAGAGAAAGAAGUGCAGAGAGGAGAAACUUGAACUCCAAAGUGUGCUAAAACUAAGAGGGUUUUGUUACAACUUAACAGGACAGGAUCUUUCCUUUGGAGCAAUCUUAAACUUUAAAACUCUGUAGAAUAACUGAAACAGCUUGAACAAAUAUCCCUGCCUAUCCUGAAGAAGGAAGCUGUGCCCCUAAAGCGGUGAACUAUAAUAAUUCCUUUUGGUGGGCACUUGUGUAUGAAAAUAUGCUUGUCCUUUUUGCCUACUUGCUGGUUUCUAUGCCUUUCUCCUUCAGUCAGUCCCACCCUCUGUUGCUUUUAGGAGAAAUUACACUCGAAGCAGUAAUCACAGAUUUCCCACGUAAUGACCAGUUAGUUCUCAGAUGCAUGAAUAUGACAAAGACAUCUUUCUCUGUGAAAGCUGCUGCCAUGAUUGAUCUGUUAGUCUUUAAGGCGCUGCAGGAUUCUUUGUCAUUAAGGAGGGGGUCCCAUCAGUCAGCCUACGUAAGGCUAAACAAAAUACGAUGUGGCAAAUCCACAGUCAGGAGCCCCUACAGUCCCCACCUCUUCCACAUGCAAAACAACAAGUUUGCCUCCAGACUAUUUUGCAAGUGCAAUUCAAGCACAUAACAGAACUUUAAGUGGCGGCUAAAUGUACAGAAGAGUGUGGGAUGGACAAAUGAUUAACCAUAAGGCAAGCUAAAGAUGGAGGAGAAAUUUAAUUCAGUUUGUACUUAAAGGCAAACAUCUAAUUCAUACUUUCUGAAACAAUAACUUCUCUGAAUUUCGCAGUGCAGUUCUCCAGCCAAGUAAUAUGUUCAAAAGGGCAUAUUUGGGGGGGGGUGUGCAUAAAAAUGCAUGUAUCUGUGAAAACAUACAAAAAUACAUUAUAUUAGGGAAAUUUGCAUUGCAAACAUAUACAUAUUAGGCAAAAUCGCAUUGCAAAAAAGUGUAUAUUAAGCAAAACUGCAUGAAUUUUCAUGACAACUAAGAAAAAGAUCACAUACUGAUGUGCAAAUGUGGAGAACUGAACUUAACUUUGGAAAGAUGAGAAACUGACAUAUUCACUCAUCCCAACCACAAGCAAAUCAACAUGAAUGCUCUUUGUCAUAUGACCUCUCUGCAAACAUUUCAGAACAAAUGGUCAAUAAAUAUUGAGCAUAGUUUCACCUGGGACCUUCUUCAUGCAAAUCAUGCUCUAUUUUAUUUGUUUCUUUGUUUAAUUUGUAUAGCACCCUUCAUCUGAAGAUCACAGGGCAGUUUACAAUAUAAAAACACAAAAAUAUACAGCAUAGUAUCAAACAAAGCACCCCCUCCCCACAGUUUAAAAUGCCAUAGAGAAGAGGAAUGUUUUUGCUUAGCUCCUAAAGAUAUGUAACGAAGGCAGCAGGGAACCUCCCUGGGCAGAGCAUUCUCCAAGCAAGGAGCCACCACAGAAAAGGCCUGCUCUUGUGUUUCCACCCUCUGGGCCUCUCAUGGAGGAGGCACAUGAAGAAGCGCCUCAGCCUUUCCCCAUCAAGUGACUUGAUAAAUGCAAAGAAAAUUAGCAAAGCCAUAUUCUUGUAUAACUAUCCUGGGGAGCAGUGGUAAACGUAAGAUACUCCCAGACAGUGCAACACAACUAGGUUUGUGUGUGCACACAUUGAUUUUUUUAAAGAACAAAUUCUGCAUGAAUUUCAGCUACUGGCACCGCAAACACACACUACUGCCUACAAAUAACAAAACAAAACAAAAUAAAAUCUAUCCCACUUGACAGAUUGAAAAUGGAUUGUGGCCAAUUUCAUUAACAAGUCGAAAAGUCAGCAUCCCUGUUGUAUUUCUUGACAUUCUCAUUCUGCCAAGGUUCUGACUUCCACAAAGACAUUGGGAAGUUUCCCGUGAAUACGGCCAGCUCUCUGCCUCCUUUCUAGUUGUCCCUUUGCCCUCUGGGUUGAGUUUUGAAGUCACAGAAGCAUUUGUACCACAUCUGUGUUUUCUACUGGGGCACAUGCAGCCUGGCUUUGAAAUGUGUGUCAUGGAGCAUGCUUGCUCCUGCUCUCCCAAGGAAGCAAAGAAGCAGCGAUGGCUUUAAAAGGGGAUUGGACAAAUUCAUGAAGGCUGUCAGUGGCUACUGGUGGGCAUAUCCUGAGGGAUAUAUUUUACCUCCACAGUUGGAGGCUAUAACACUUCUGAACGUCAGUUGCUGAAAACUGCAGGAGGGAAAAGUGCUGUUGCACUCAUAUCCUGCUUGUGGCAUCUGGUUGGCCACUGAGAAUGGGAUAUUGAACUAGAUGGGCCACUAGACUGAUCCAGCAGACCCUUCUUAAGUUCUUAAAACUUGACUUAUACGGAAUGUGGACCACCUGGAAAGCCCUUAUCGAUGUAGGUAUCCCACACAGGCCCAUUCACGUUCAAAUGCACUUUCCACGUGCAUAGACUGGUUCACUGGUUCACAUGGAAUGUCACCCUGCCAGUAGUGCCCCUUCCUGGGUCACUGAAUAAGCCAUAGGUCCCAAGUGCAAGUACUGUAAAGCUUCACUGGCUUCCCGCUGGACCUUAUGGGGCUAAGAGCUUAUCCCUCUGUGUCCCAUUUCAGCUUUGCAAGAAGACAAAACAAACAGCCUAACCCUGGGGGUUUUGUGCAGCAAGGGGUCAAGGUUUGCAUGGGUCAGAAAUGAGGUCUGAUGCAAAUCUUUCCUGAAAGAUGCCAAGUUGUGAGUUGAGCUCUUAUUUCAACCCUUUUUUAAAAGUCUCUCUCUCCUCCUCCCACCCCCUGCUAUAGGGAGUUCAGCUGACCGUAGAGCAGUUUACAGUCCCGAAACAGCAAAUCCUCAGUGACCUGAACAGUAAGUUGCCAUUGCUGUGUAUAUUUAGGUUUGCCUCAGAGCCAUGUCACAUCGCUUUUUCACGUGUACGUCUCAUAUAUAUAUAUAUUAAGUGUUCACGAGACUUGUGUGAAUGCAACAGGCUAUUAUAUGCAAAUGCCUGCAGAAGUGCCCUCAUCAGGCACUCAGGAAUGGGUCCGGCUCCUGCUUGAGUGUCCUCUCAGACCAAACAUUUAAUGUGAGUGGGGUUUGAUGGUCUGUUGGUUUGGCACAAGCAGUAAGAGAAGAUGGAGAAAAGGCUCCCAUGGGUGCUAUUGAAAACUUUCUUCUGGAUGCAGAGAGCAGCUUGGGGGUGGGGGAAAUGUGUCAAUGUCCGGAGAGUUUAAAAUGUAUAAACCAGUCUUCAUUAAAGAAUGGAUUUCAGAGCAGUAUAUAAAACUGCAUUACAUAAAUUUAUUAUCUGUAUUUGUGUAUUACCCAGUAACUGAUAUUCUGGGAUUAGCUAACAAUGAAAUUUAAAACCACAAAUAUUAAAACAAGAGAACCAUCAAAGCAGAAUAAAGCAAUCACAAUGUGAAUUAGAAUAAGUAAAGCCAACAAGAGCGUAACAGCUGUACAGCAUAAGAAGACAUCUUCCUAGCUAGGCUGAAGAGGUGGGAAUUGCCCCAGAUUUAACAGGUGGUUCUUUUGUGUUUUUCAGAUGUCAGCUGGACCAUUGGCACCACCAUCCACCUCCUGCUCAAGGGGAAUGUCUAUUCUGCCAUGGAUGCUUUGAAGGACAGAGUGCAAGGUAAGAUCAAGACUUGUCUCAAGCUAUUAUGUUUUAACUCUCAUAGGCCAUGACAUUGUGGCAGCUUUCUGCAACCUGGUGCCCUUGAUGUGGCUUAGACUACAAUUCCCAUUAGCCAUGCUCCCUUCAGCUGUAGCAUCAUAUGACAGGAGUUGUAAUCCAAGCCAUCUGGAGGGCACCAGGUUGCGGAAGGCUGGUUGAUGAUGACACAUCCUGCAUGGUUUACACCUUCAGUUUACCAAAUGAUACCUGCAGUUCAUGCAUGAUGAAAGCACAGAGUCACCCCUAAAAGGCUUGCAUUAGAGGUGCCUGUCCCAAAGUGCAACUAAAUAAAAUAAAAUAAAAUAAAAUAAUCCUGUUUGGACAAAUAUAGUGAUCUGUUGUAAAGGGGUUGCCUUUAAAGAUGGUCAGGAAACUUCAACUGGUUCCAAGUCGUGGCCAGCAGAGUCCUGGUGGGUAUACUGUGCUCAGCUUCAAGAAUGGCUGUAUUAUAGAAGCUGCACUGGCUUCCAGCAUGUUUCUAGGCCCGGUUUAGAGUGGUGGUGUAAACCUUUAAAGCCCUGAAGGGUUUGGGACGACUACCUGCACCCGUACCAUCCUGCACACAUACUGAGAGGUUGUAAAAACAUAAGCAGAGCCUGCUGGGUCUGGCCAGUGACCCAUCUAGCGCAGCAUCCUGUUCUCACAGUGGCCACGCAGAUGCCCAGAGAUGCAGCUGCAGGGCCCUCCCCUCCUGUGAUUCCCAGCAACUGGUAUUCAGAGGCAGACUGCCUCUGAGGGUGAAGAUGGAGGAUCUGAACCGGACGCCCUCCUGGUGUGUCCACCUCCUGGGUCUAGGAGGGCACCUCUGGAACUGCCUCCCCGCAGAGCUGUGGUGAGUGCCAUUCAGAGGGCCUGACAGACUCCUUUGUUUUCAUUGGCUGCCUCUAAAUAAUGUUUUGUCUCAUUCACUGGAUGGAGAUUACAGUAUUAUUCUGUUAUAUAGUUCUGAGCCUACUUCUGUUUUCACGAAUCUGCUUUAUUCCUGUUUUGAGCAAUACUGACAGAAACACACUUGUAGUUCUUAUUGUCAUACGCCACUCUGGAUGGACAUACCCUGGAAAAAUAGCAUAUUUAUAUGCUAUUUAUUUUGGAAAAUAAGAUAAACCAAGAGCGGAAUUCACAACCUAUUGUGAGCUAGGGUUGCCAUCCGUCCUGUAUAACACAGGAUUGUCUCUUAUUUCAAUGUAAAAUUCCUGUAUUGAUUCAAUACAGGACACAGUUUGUCUUGCAUUCCCCGUUUCCACUCUGCUGCUGCACGCACACUCUCUCCCUUUUCUCACUUCUUCCUUUUCCUUUUCCCUCCUCACUCCCUCUCCUCAUCUCGCCCCCAAGGAGGAUCCAGCCAGGGCAAGGCUUUCAUGCUGCUGCUUCCAGUUCCCUGCAGCUUGGGCUGGGUGAAGGCGGCCAUCUGCAGAGCUGCGCCCUGGGAGCGCUGGGCCCCGUCGCUCAGAGAGGAGCAGGCUCUGGGUCUCUAGAAACAAGAGGUUUUGUGCAGGUGUAGCCCAGAAACCCCUGUUCCGAACAUUGUUAUCCGCAUGACAUUUUUUGGGGGGGAAGAGUAGCUCCCCAUAUGGCUUGCCAUCCCCCCUGUUCCCUAAUAUUUUUUUCUGUCCUUCAGAAUUUAACGUGUGGAACAAAGCUCAUCCCCCCCAUCAGAAUAUGCUCAUUUAUUUUUUGCUCUGGCCUGCAUGUAUUGCUGUCCAGUACCAUACAUUACUGCAUGUAUGUGAAAGGGUGUGUGAAAGGUCACACCAGGUGGGAAAAGAACUUGCCCCCAACCUCCCGCUGCCUGCCUGCCGCUAUCCUGUCCUGUAUUUUGCCAGAACAAAGGUGGCAGCCCUAAUGUGACCUUUCUCUUUAAGACCUACAGAACUCACUGCACCAUUUGCAGACUCUCAACAAGACUGUGCAGGCCCUGAUCCAGCAACAAGAUGAGCUGGAAGCAGCCCUGAAAGACAGGAAGCAAAGCCUCACUUUCCUCCUGGAGGAUCCAGGCUGCAUCUAUUGCGCUGGUGCCCUGAGCCAAGCUCAGAGUCUGGAGCUGGGCGCUAACUACCGCAAAGUAAGUUCACCUCCAGGAUGGAGACUCUUGCUCCAGUACAAAGGUGCCUUUAAAAGGGCAACCUGUACUUCAGUGCAUUUCUGAUGAGCAAAAUAAACACAGCUGUGUCACUUCUUUUGAUGCACAAAAGCUUGUACACUAUAGGAUUUGGGCCAGUAACAGGUGUUCUGUUGCCUCUGCUGUAUUUCUUUAGGUCAUUUAUAGACUUGAAUCCAUGUCACAUUUCCUUUAGCUGUGUUGAGAGUUCAUGUUUCCUGUCCAGAAGUGUGCUUUCUUCUUCUAGGAUGGCAGUUGUCAAGGCUAACUGCAGGGACCUCUUUAAUGAAGCACAAGCUUCCACACCCAGCUUGGCCAUCAGCCCCACACUUCACACUAAUUUCAGUAGCUGAUGGUGCACAGAACUGUGGGUUUCAGAGUCAACGUUUUGGCACAGGGGAGAUCUGUGAUUGGAUCUCCCAAGUCUUUUUUGAAAAAGGGGGAAUGCAUGCAGCCCUCCAAUGUGGAUUGAGGCAAUGUACUGACCUGCAUGGUAUGUUUCCCCCCAUGAUGGAAAUAGCAGCUCCAUAUGUGUGUGCAAAAGGGUAGUCACUUCCUGUCAAUGCUGCUACCAGGGCCGGCUCAAGAAAUUUUGCUGCCUAAGGCCAAGGGCAAGAUGGCAGCCUCAAACCCCAAGGCAUAGACAGAAGCCAGUUGGACUGGUGGUUGACUCUUACUCCAAUACAGGUGAAAGGACAGCGUCUUCCACUGCAUUUGAGGGCAGCAGGCUACUGUAAGGGGUACAGGGCAAGCCACACGGCACUCACAGCUCUGCACCUCGGCAUCUGUCACUGGAGGCAGCUGCCUCACCCUUCCUCAUCACAGGGCCAGUCUUGGCUGCUACCCAGUCUGAUUUUAAUGGGGAUCUGCUGCUGCAUUUAUCCCUUUAAAAACACACACAAAAUAUCUGAUCAUAGACCUGCCACCAUCUUCUCCAGUUGCACCCUUGUUUUCUACACAAUGGCUGCGGCCCUCCAGAUGUUGUUGGCCAACUCCCAUCAGCCCCAGGCAGCAUGGCCAAAGAUUACGGAUUGUGGGAGUUGAGAUCCAGCAACAUGUGGAGGGCCACAAGUUCUCCACUCCUCCUCUAGGUCACAGGCUUCCCCAACCUGGUGUAGGAGCUACUGGGGAGGUGGAAAUGGGAAGAGGGAUGCCUCUUACCAGUUGAGGAGGCUUCAGGAACCUGGUGUCCUCCAGGUCUUUUGGUCUACAAUGAUGUGCUGGCUGGAGCUGAUGGAGUUGUAGUUCAAAACAUCUGGACGGCACCAGGUUAUGGUUAUAACUGUAGAUAAAGCUCUGAAUUUUCCAUGGGCAGGGGGGAAUACAACUAAUUGAAAUGCACACAAUUUUCACUUUCUUCUCUACUUCCAAGCACUUGUCUUUUAUCGGUGGUUUGUUCCCUCAGGUACCUUCAGUAGAAAAGGUUUUGAAGACCUUGCAUGGGCUUCCCAAGGCUAAUUUCUCUGAAAUGAUUCGCCGGGUAAGUAGUUAAAGAAUCUUGGAGCAAGAAGAGAGACGUCUGCUUGUUCUUUAGCAAAAUUCACACUUGGCCCAAUGUGAUAAGACAUUUUGGUUUCUGUGCUUCUAGGCCAAUAGCAGCUUCAACUCUAUCCCGGGACUAGCUCUGGUGAAGAUGGCGGAUGUUGUUCAAGGUGAGUUAAGCCCUUCCAUGCUCAUGCUGAGGGUGAAGGGCUGUAGCUCAGUGGUAGGGCAUCUGCUUUGCAUGCAGAAGGUUCCAUAUUCAGUCCCUGGCACCUCCAGCUGGGGCUGGGGAAGACUCCUUCCUUGAAGCGCUGGAGAGCUGCUGCUGCCAGCCAGGGUGGACAAUGCUGAGCCGGAUGGACCCAGCAGGGGGCAGCUUCCUCUGUUUCCCAUGCUAGGCUGGAGGCUGUAAUUCCACUGUAUGGUGUAGGUUCAUCUAGCCAGGGCUUAAUUUGAAUAGGGGGCAUUGGGGUGUGGUGCCAGGCUUGCUUUUCAUGCCAGUGCCCAGCCCAGGAACGUGUGACAAGAAACCACAAACCUGAUGUUCCGCACUUGCCUUGCAGAGCUCAAGGAGGAAAUAGAGAAGGCCGGCCAAAAGUUGCAGUCCAUCCCAGACGACUUUCCGAUCUCAGAUCACACCCGUCCCAUGAAUGAUGCUCUGGUGAAGGCUGAGAACAAGAGCCGGCCCUAUUUUUUGGAGGCAAAACGUUACGAGACAUACAGGUAAAAUGGAGCUCUGUGCUUUGCACGCAGGAGGAACAGCAUUCUCCUAUGCAUCCUUUUGACCCAUCCUCAUGCCAAUCUGCUUCUCAUUCUAUCCCUCCGGUCUGCUCAUCAAGUUCAGCCAUUAUGCUGUAGUGGUUAGAGUGAGACCCAGGUUCAAAUCUCUGCUCAGGCACAAACCUUGGGAUGGCCACUGUCUCUCAGCUGAACCUACCUCACAGGGUUGUUGUAAGGAUAAAAUGGAGAGGGAGAGCCCUUUUAUGCCACCCAUCUUGAGCUUUUUUGGAGGAAAAGUGGGAGAUAAAAGUAAUAAUAAAGAUAAUUUUUAAAAUCUUUUGGCCAGUUAAUUGCUCACAAAAAUACUUUAAAAAUCAUAAUGGCAAUACUUAGCAUGCAUAGAGUGCUCAAGAACAUUUAAAGCACUUCAGUUACAUUUAUGUAUGUAUGUAAAGCUCUACGAUGCCUUUCUGCCAAAACAUGGCUUCCACAAAUCAUAAAAAAUAAUCAAUAAAAUACAGUAAUACACAAAGGAGAUUUAAAAACACACAUACAGUUCAAAGCAGAAGUGCAAGUGACCAGGAGAAGCUGUUUAAAACAGCAGUGCAAUUAACUAAUCACAAGGGCCAAUACAAACCAACAGUGACAGAAUAAAAAACUCAACAUAAGCAGCAAUGAAAGGCUUAUCACUGAAGGCUUGGGGAACAGGUCAGACUUCACCUGGCCCCUGAUAACAAGAGAUGCUUCAUCAAUGGAUCCUGUUCUGUGGCUGAGCCACAUCUCUUAUAGCAGGGCUGGGGAAACUGUGGCUCGCCAGGUGCUGCUGGACUGCAUCUCCCAUCAUCCCUCUCCGUUGGCCGUGCUGCUUGGAGCUGAUGGGAGUUGAAGGCCAACAACAUCUGGAAGGCCAGGAGGAGGAGGAGGAGGAGGAGGAUUUUCAUUUAGGAACAGCUUCUAUUGCAAAAUGGCUUCUAAGCAGUUUACAAAUAUAAAACCAAUACUGUAAACAAUUAAAAUGCACAAUCUCAAAUAAACAGGGGCAUUCAGAUGUCCUUAAUAAAACAGAUAAUAUUAAAAAUAACACAAACAAUUAAAAAGCAUAACAGAGCUUUUAAGAAACCAUCUGUAACAAUAAAAUCAGAAGUUCAUUUAUGGAGAGCCCCUUACUUACAAGCCACCCAGUAGAAUCCAGGUCUGUGGGCAACAGGAUGUACAGUGGAUUUUUGUUUGCUUAUCUCCCCCAAGCCUCACUGAUGUGUCCCCACCCCAUUUUUCUGUCCUCAGGUGGCUUGCAGGUGUCAUUGCCUGCACCGUCGUCUUGCUGAUCGUCUUCUGCAACUUCCUGGGGCUUUCCUUUGGCACAUAUGGGCUGGUCUUGCGAGAGGAUCCCAGUGACUAUGAGAGGAGGGGAGAAGCUGGAGCCAGAUUACUCUUAAUGUAAGACACGUCUGAGUCCUGGGCAUGUCUGAGUCCAGCACAGAGGGUUGAUUCCAAACUCUGUUCCAGGGUGACAAGGGAUCCUUCAGGAGGAAGGGUGGGAUAUAAAUUCAAUAAAUAAGAAAAAUAAAAGAUUAGUGUUCAGCAACGAUACAAGAGAGUGUUCUUGUGGUGGGGAGGAGGGAGGGAGGGUGGUCAGUCAGAACUCAGUGGUCAGUAUGGCCAUCCACAAGUGCUUGCCUUGACCUUCAGGGGAUCUAGUCUGAGGGUGCUCUGAAAAUGGUCAGUGUUUGAAAAAAUAUGUCUAUGAGGAGAAAUUUGCACUCAAAUGCCGGUGGACAUUCAUGUGAUUUUUGAUUUUUUUAAAAAAAUUGCAACCUGAUUCAGAGAUGUGGAGAACUGUUCUUAAUAGGAGGGGGAGUGUUGAGACUUGCAGGACUUUCUCCCUGUCUUUCCUGUUACAGCGGUGUCAUCUUCAGCUUCCUCUUCUCCUGGCUACUGAUUCUCUUGGUCUUCGGCACCUUCCUGCUUGGGGGAAACGUCCAGACCUUGGUGUGCAAGCACUGGGCCAAUCAGGAGAUCUACAAGGUGAGUUUGUGUGUAUGGAAAAGCAGACAAUCUGCCCAAGAGUUGCAGGGAAAAGAUGCCACUGUUAUACGGUGGUUCCGCUCCUCCCUCCUGGGCCGUGUUCAGAAAGUGGGGGGGGGGGGAGGAUGAGUGUUCAGACCCCUGGGCCCUCACUUGUGGGGUGCCUCAGGGUUCCGUCCUCUCACCCAUGUUUUUAACAUCUACAUGAAGCUGCUGGGAGAGAUCAUCAGGGGGUUUGGGCUGGGUGUUCAUCAGUAUGCAGAUGAUACCCAGCUUUACCUCUCUUUCAAAUCGGAACCAGUGAAGGCGGUAAAGGUCCUGUGUGAGUGCCUGGAGGCGGUUGGAGGAUGGAUGGUGGCUAACAGAUUGAGGUUGAAUCCUGACAAGACAGAAGUACCAUUUUUAGGGGAGAGGGGGCGGGCUGGUGUGGAAGACUCCUUGGUCCUGAAUGGGGUAACUGUGCCCCUGAAGGACCAGGUGUGCAGCCUGGGAGUCAUUCUGGACUCACAGCUGUCAGUGGAGGCACAGGUCAAUUCUGUAUCCAGGGCAGCUGUCUACCAGCUCCACCUGGUAUGAAGGCUGAGACCCUCCCUGCCCGCAGGCUGUCUUGCCAGAGUUGUGCAUGCUCUUGUUAUCUUCCGCUUGGACUACUGCAAUGUGCUCUACGUGGGGCUACCUUUGAAGGUGACCCGGAAACUACAACUAAUCCAGAAUGCGGCAGCUAGACUGGUGACUGGGUCCUGAGAGACCUACAUUGGGUCCUGAGAGACCUACAUAUAACACCGGUCCUGAGAGACCUACAUUGGCUCCCAGUACGUUUCCGAGCACAAUUCAAAGUGUUGGUGCUGACCUUGAAAGCCCUAAACGGCAUCGGUCCUGUGUACUUGAAGGAGCGUCUCCACCCCCAUCAUUCAGCCCGGACACUGAGGUCCAGCGCCGAGGGCCUUCUGGCAGUUCCCUCACUGCAAGAAUUGAGGUUACAGGGAACCAGGCAGAGGGCCUUCUCGGUAGUGGCACCCGCCCUGUGGAAUGCCCUCCCAACAGAUGUCAAGGAAACAACUAUCUUACUUUUAAAAGACAUUUGAAGGCAGCCCUGUUUAGGGAAUUUUUUAAUGUUUGAAGUUUUAUUUUGUUUAAUAUUUUGUUGGGAGCUGCCCAGAGUGGCUGGGGAAACCCAGUCAGAUGGGCAGGCUAUAAAUAAUAAAUUAUUAUUAUUAAUUAUUAUUAUUCUAGUUGAUUGGGUGGGGUUAAUUUCAUAGCCUAUGUCGUGCUCCCAUUGUUCUUUGAUUUCUGUGUACGGAACAUAGGAAGCUGCCAAAACCUGAGUCAGCCCAUUGGUCCACCUCUUCCCCACUGUCUGCACUCACUGGGGGCUAAUCCACACUUACCUUUCCUCUACUCUUUCCAGGCACACUCCAUGCUUUAAAGAUCGUCCUUUCCCCAUGAAAGCUGUUCUUUAAAUUUCAAUCAGAGCAAACAGCAAUCCACAGAAAACCCAAAUUGAUGUUUGCUUUGAUUAAUGCUAAAGAGUGGGUUUUUGUUGCGUAAAAAAAUAAAUAAAUUGCUGUGGCCUGGGAAGAGUGUGGCAAGAGGCAGGUGUGGAUAAGCCCUGGAAGUGGCUCAGCCCUUCCUGGAGAUGCCAGGCAUUGAAUCUGGAACCCUCUACCUGCAAUUCAGAUGCUUGUUUUUGAUCAGGGAAGUGGCCUUGGCAGUUGGGUUGAACUCGCUCCCAUGUUGCAGCAAUGCCCUCCCCUGAGGCUUGCAGAUCAAGACUUGUUAAUGUCAAAGAAUAAAAAUCUAACAAGGUCGAUCUCCCCUGCCUGCUAAUUCUCAUUAGUAAAGAAACCAAUGUGCUCUUGCACCACAUCCAUUAAUUCGGGGGGGGGGGGGUAGUGUUGCAAAAGAACUUCCACAGAGAUUUUAGCUCCUGUGCCCAAUCAACCCAGUUCUCAUUCUGCUUCUUUCAAUGCAGAAGUUUGGAACCUCAGGUUUGUGGGCCUAUUUUCCUGGCCCUUGGAAGUCUCCUCAGGCCACACCAUUUACUGCUCCCACUUUGCAUUACUUGCUGGACUGGAAUGUGUCUUUAAACUCUGGUGUUGUUUCUUGAUUGUCUGGAUGAAGGACAGAGAGGGGUUUUUCCCCACUGAUGUAACAAAGCUGCAGAAGCUUCUGGGGGGCUGGAUCAGGAGGGCAGGCAAAAAACUAGUUCCCCUGGCAAAUACCAGUUGUUGCCCAACCCACAAUUGCCUGUUGAUGCUUAACCUGCACUGUUGUAGCCAGUUGCUCCCUGAAAAUGGCUCUCCUUCUGCAUUAGUGAGGCUGGGAACCCCAUUCACAAAAACUUGCCAUCCUAUCCAUGCUUAGCUCAGGAUUCCAGCCUUUGCUGAGCACAAAGUUCUGCGCAGCCGAGAUUGGCCUUUCCUUUCCUCCUCCCUCUGGCUUUCUCUGUGUGUCACCCAGGAGAAGGUGCCUGCCACGCUGUGUAGAAUGAUCCAAUUAAGCUAUAUCUUGGCCCUCUUCAUUCUUUCGCCCUCCGGCACAACGGGCACAAGGAGACCAUGCCAAUGAAUUAAUUAAAUCUCAUCAAAUAACAAUUAACACUUGAUCUGCAUCUAGAAUGGAAGUGCCUGCCACUGCCUUUCAGCCAACUGCAGGAAGAGGGUGGAGGGAAAGAAGCAGGCCAGGGCUUCCUUUUGUACUUAGAACUCACAAAGUGGAGCAGAGAUAUCAGAUUACUGUCAGCAUGGCCAAAACUCUCCCAGGCAACCCUGCUCAGUAAAUCCUUUGUACUGUACUUGGAAAAGUGCUACAGUAAUGGCGAAAAACAGCAAAGAGUCCCGUGGUACGAGAGACACUGUCAUUUAUACAGGCGUAAGAAACCUUCUUGAGCCCAAGAGCUGUAUUUCCUUCUGGUCAAGCUUUGGCAGCCCACGUCCAGUGACGGGCAGUGCCAGAGGCAAAAGCGGGCAGAGCAACAAAUGGGCAUGUUGCCUUUGCCCAGUAGGCUCGUUUCUACGCACACCCCUCUCUCUCCUCCACCCAGGCAAGGAAGAGGCAUGAUCAGUUCCAGGACACCUUUCAGCCAAGGCAAGAAAGGAGGGUGUGAAGAAGGACCGGAAAGGGUUGGGGAGAGUAGGAGCGGCCUGAGCAGAGUUCAAAUGUCCAGGAGGGCUGCAUUUGGUCCCCUGGCCUGAGGUUCCCAACCAUCAAUACAUAGAUAUUUAGUUCAAAAAAUUCACCUUCAAAGGUAGCUCCACGUAGAGCGCAUUGCAGUAGUCCAAGUGGGAGAUAACCAGAGCAUGUACCACUCCGGGGAGACAAUGUGCAGGCAGGCAAGGUCUCAGCCAGGAAAGGUCUCAGCCGGCAUACCCAAUGGAGCUGGUAGACAGCUGCCCUGGACACAGACUCAAGAUCAAAUUCUUGCAUAUGUAGAACGGGUAUUAUGUGGGACCUGUGGCAGUUCCAGUUCCACACAUGCAAGCGGCCAAGUGGGUAUAUAUGGGGUGAGGUGAUCUCACAGGUAAAUUGGCCCCAAGUUGUUAAGGGCUUUCUGUACUAAUAGUAACACCUUGAAUGUUGUCCAGUAGCAAAUUGGCAACCAUUGCAGCUCUCUGAGCACAGAUAUUAUAUGCUGACAAGGCCUCACUCGUAUUUGGCAUAAGAUUUUGUGGACCAGAUCUCAUCUCAUCAGAUGUAAACACAGUUGGUGCACGAGGAUGACUCUCUCAGGAGUUUGUGGGAAACUUUGUGGGCCGGAAACAGAGAAGAUUCAGAUUAGGUUCUGCUGUGGAAGGAGAUGUGGCUACAUAUGGCUCCUGUCCCAAAGGCCAGAAGCGCCGUCCAAGUCCUUUGGCAGGAGUAGGCCAGGCCAGUGGGCAGCAGGAGCUCAACCAGGCAUGGUCUUCUCCAAAUAGGUGUUCUUGCAGUCAAGGGCUGGAAGAAGCAGGAGGACACACUGUUGUGGGCCUCUAGAACUAGCUGGAAAAGGGAUUUCUAAGGCUCAUCCCUGCCCUGGUCUGUUAGCGUUAAUUGGCUCUAAAUGAUGUUUUGCUCCUCUUUCCAUUCUCCAGUUCAUCGACAUGCCUGGCAACUUGCCUCCUUCCAUGAAUAUCACUGAGCACCUUGGCCUGAAGAAGAGCCUCAAGAUCACUUCUGCUUAUCAGUGAGUGUACCUGCUGUCAGGCUACCCAGGGGGCAUUUGAGUACACAGGACAUUUGGGGCUCUGUCCUUGCUUCCUACCGAGAUGACUCUAGAGCAAGGCCAAGAGCGUUGUUGAUCCUAAGGAGCUAAAAUUAAGGCUCCUUUGAGCAAUACUAAUCCACCUUCUGUUUUGUGGUUUAGCAGGCAGGAUUUGUUUGUUUGUUUAAGCAUUUUCUGCUUUCCUUCUUGGAAUGUUUGUGCGUUGCUGAGUGGUUCCCUGUAAAUAAGUUUGCCACAUCUCCAGAUGUGAUGUGAUUUGGAGAAUGGUACCCAUGUUUUUGAAAAGCGAUGUGAGCAACAGCUAAGAACACAUUGAGUGGGAUGGAACUAUCAAGCAAGCCAGCAAUAUUGUGGGAUGCUGAAAGGGGAGGGAGGCCAGGUUGACCUGUUUCCACUCCUUAUUUCAGGCAAUGUAAGAAUGGGGCUGGUCUCUGGGAGGUUCUGCAGCUGGAGGACAAUUACACCCUUGACAAAUAUCUCCAAGUUUCCAAGGUAAGAAGGUUCCUCUGCUGAACUUACAUCUCUUCUUCUCCCACUCAGUCACAGAGCCUCCGUGUCAUCACAAAUCUUCAGGUGACUGUAGCAGCUCUCAUUGCUGACAGCUGCUACAAGCACCGUCUUGGCUCCUCUCAUAGCACUACUGUUGUCCCCAUGCCUGUUGGCUCAUCCCGCCUUUUUUUCUUUCUUUCUCCUUCCUCGCUGCUGCUGUACAACAAAUCCAGACACCACUAGAAGGCAAGUGAGUGAAAUAGUGGGUGGUCCCAGUACUCAGGAAUGUCUCCCGUGUGAAAUGGCUGUAAGAUGGAGCCCUAAAAAAACCUUAGUUGCACUCUGCCCUCAAAUUAUGUCACUAAAGUAAAUUGCGCAGAUUUUCCCAGUUGGCAUGCAUUUGUUUCAAGCUGCAUAAUUGCAGUAUUUGGGAAAAUUUGGAUUUUUGUUGUUUGGCGUUAAACAAGCAAACAGGAAACCUCCCCAUGUACUCAUCCCAUAGAACACCAGAGGUGUCAGAUCUGGCUAUGAUGAGUCACGCCUCUGUUUACAUCUCAGUCAGGUUGCAGCAACAGGUUCCUCAUGAGGCUGCCACUGAAGAUCAUUCAGGCAUUUCAGCUGGUUCAGAAAGUGCAGCCAGGAUGUGAACUUGGGCAAGUUAUAGGAAGCGCAUGCCUGCUAAGUAGGGCUGGCCCUACCAUUAGGCAGAGUGACGCAGUUUCCUUUGGUGUCUGUUCCUCUUGAACCCCUGGCCAGUCUCCUCUGUUGAACACCAGGCGUCUGUGUGCCACAAGAGUAAGUCCAGACAUCUCAUUUCCAUGCAGAAUUUUAAAGGAAAAUCCAUUUGAGAUGCAUGCGGAAACACACGGUUGCAGUUAUUUAUCCAAAGUACUUAUGAGGUGGUCCAAAGGCUACAAUGCUGCCUCCAUUUGUAUAAAAUGCUUUCUCCCCUUUUAAACUUUUAAAAGUAGUUAAUCCAGCCACCCACAGCCUGGAGCGCCAGCACACAGGGAUUCUUGCUGCCAUAGACUUAGCACACAAAUGCAGGAAGUGCCCCUGGGAGCAGCUUGAUUGUGUUCCAUCACUCAGGGGGGAUUGUAUAGGAAACAACAGGGCUGCCCCCAUGUUUCUUCUGUACAAUUACUGAGUGCCAUUUUUGCAUAUUAUCUUAUUUUUAUAUGGUUUUAUUGUUUUUUGUUUUUUAUUCAAAAUUAUAACAAGACAUAUUAUCCAAAAACAUAUCAUCCCUGUCCCCCCUCAUUUUUCCUCCCUCCCCCCUCCCACACAGAACCCCCCCCCCGACUUCCCUCAGUUCCAGUCUUUGGUUUCUCUAAGAAUGCUGUUUUCUGCAUGUUACAAAGUUGUAUAGAUCCUCAAACUAUUUAGCUGAUUAUUAUCAAUAAAAAGUUUGUGAAUGUUUAUUCAAAACCUGCCAAGGAGUCCAGUUCGCUUUGUUGCGUCUUCAGAUACUUUGUAAAGAGUUCCCAUUCAUCCUUAAAGUCACAGUUAUCCUUGUAUAGGGUUUUAUUGUUAAGGUUAUUUUGAUUCUUCUUAUUGAUCAUGCAUUGCAUUUUAUUGUUUGUCACCACGGGCAUAAAAAAAUAUCAAAUACAAGGUUUAAAUGUAAUCAGUAAACAAACACUUUGUUUUGUUUGACCAAAAAUGAACUUUGGGACUGCCCCCGCCCCCUCAGAUAAGCCACUUCUUCUUGCAUAGUUUAUUAAUUCUGACCACAAAACCAAAUUUUGGUUUAAUCUAUGCAUAAUCUCUGAACGUAAUUCAAGGUUCACUGAAACUACUCCCAUGAGACUUGGACUCAAAUUAGAUGUUAUGAAGCGUCCUGUGAUUCUUUCCUCCAUUUAAAAAACAACCAAACCCUAACACUCAAAGCAAGCUCAGCAAGGUGCAAGUCUAAGCAAAAUAAGGAGAGGCUGCAUAACCUAUUCCUUUUUAGUCCAAGAUGCUUUCUCAGUUGGAUAAACAUUGGUUGUAUCCAGUGCUAGUUACACUCAGAGUAGACCCAUUGAAAGUAAUAUACAUGGCUAGCUAUGGCCCAUUAAUGUCAACGGGUCUACUCUGAGUAGAAGUUAGCAAGAUGCAGUCCUUGGGGUUCCUGCAUUUUUCUCCUCAUGGGUAAAAAUAGCAGCUUGGGAGGGUCCUUCUGAGCUGGAAAAUGACGGGAGGGAGAGGAGUAAGGAGCCUCUCCCUGCCUAGACUUUCCCCACUCAAACCUUUAGAUUAUCUAAGCCAGGCUUCCUCAACCUCGGCCCUCCAGAUGUUUUGAGACUACAGUUCCCAUCAUCCCUGACCACUGGUCCUGCUAGCUAGGGAUCAUGGGAGUUGUAGGCCAAAAACAUCUGGAGGACCAAGGUUGAAGCCUGAUCUAAGCUGUUUUGGGUUAAGAAAAGAAAAUUGUAGGAGAGCAUAUAGAAUGGAGGGUUGGGAGGCUGGAGCUGGCCAGCAAUAAUCCAGUACAAUUGCAUCUUACAUAAGGGUUAUGUUCCAUGGAUGGGGCAUCUAUGCAAAAACAUUAUACUUGAGCCACCCUCUUGGAACCAUCCCCAUGUGACUAUCCUUAUCUUUCCAGGGCUGUGCACCAAGCAGGUUCUUGCCCCCUUGCGUAUCGGGCUUUGGGGUGCUCUCACAAGAUCUUGUGGGGCUUCUGAGUUCCUGUGAGAGCCUCACAGGCCUACUAAGCAAGGCAGAGAGCUUCAAAGCUCUUUCUAUACCAGGGAAACUCUCCACCGUCCAUGCUUUAAUUUGUGCAAUUUCAACCAGCUGGCCUAUAACCAUGUAAGGUCAAAAUCGCACGAGUAAGUUGCAAUUGUUCUGUACAAAAAAAUGCAGUAUAUAGGAAAUAAAAGAAGUAAGAAAAAUGAAAUUAAAAAUCAUACAGCAUCUAGCACAGCAUGUUAGAAUUUCUGCAACAGGCAGAAGAAAACAUUGAGCGGUCUGCCAAGACCCUCAGCAAUUUUCAAGAGGUCCACGGUGGGGUAGAGUUUGAGAACUUCUAGCCUAGGAUAGUCCCCUCUGCUGCUUGCUGCCCUCACCUGGCCCUUGAAGGGCAUGCUUUGCUCCCUGGGUUACAGGAAGCUGUGGAGAGGUGGCAGGAGACUCAAGCAAGCACUCAUGGGUUGCAGUGGAGCCUACCUUGAUUCUGCUCUUUGGGAUUUUGGAUUCCCUUUUGGAUUUAAGUCAUGGUGCUCACUUACGCCACCUUCUCGCCUUUUGCUCCAGUACACUGCAGAGUUUCAGAAGCGCUUGGACAAUUUCAAUAUCCGCUUUGAAGACAUCGUCCUGUUAAAUGCAGAAGGGAAGAAGGACCUGGAGACUUUCCGAGACAGCAGGAUUGACCGGGUAGACUAUGCAAGCUUCAGAGCAGAGGUGAGAAGGAGUGUAUGGGAAGCAAAAGCCUUAUCUGUCUCUUGUUUCUUCCUUCUUUUAAAAAAAAUAAUAUUUAUUACUUUUCCAAAAAAAAUUAAACACUGAAAAGAAAAAGAAAAACAAAACAAUACAAUACAUUAAACUAACAAAACAAAACAAAAACAAUAAAAUAAAUCAAACAAUUUCAUUAUCCCAUCUUUCAUUCACUUAUUUCCACGACCUCCUCACACCUCCCUUUUUGUAUUCCACUUCUGUUAAUUAUUUCAGCAAUUCCUUUCCAUCUUCCUCUGUUUUCUAUCCUAUAAUUAUCUUAACUCAUUCUAACCUUAUUUUUUCCUUUAAUACUCUAUUAAUCUAUUUAUACUUAAUUCCUUAUAACAUUUCUACUAAAGCCAUGUAACUUCAUUCCAACAUUUUUCUAACAUUCAUUGAUUUUACAAUAUUUCUGUAAAUAAUCUUUAAAUUUUUUCCAAUCUUCUUCCACCGACUCUUCUCCCUGGUCUCGGAUUCUGCCAGUCAUUUCCGCCAAUUCCAUAUAGUCCAUCAACUUCAUCUGCCAUUCUUCCUGGGUGGGUAAAUCUUGUGUCUUCCAAUAUUUUGCGAUGAGUAUCCUUGCUGCUGUUGUUGCAUACAUAAAGAAAGUUCUAUCCUUCUUUGACACCAAUUGGCCGACCAUGCCCAGGAGAAAGGCCUCUGGUUUCUUCAGGAAGGUAUAUUUGAAUACCUUUUUCAUUUCGUUAUAAAUCAUCUCCCAGAAUGUCUUAAUCCUUGGGCAUGUCCACCAAAGGUGAAAGAAUGUGCCUUCAGUCUCGUUACAUUUCUAACAUUUAUUAUCGGGCAAAUGAUAGAUUUUUGCAAGCUUGACUGGUGUCAUGUACCACCUAUAAAUCAUUUUCAUUAAGUUUUCUCUUAAAGCAUUACAUGCCGUAAAUUUCAUACCUGUGGUCCAUAACUGUUCCCAGUCAGCCAUCAUUAUGUUAUGUCCAACAUCUUGUGCCCAUUUAAUCAUAGCUGAUUUCACUGUUUCAUCCUGAGUAUUCCAUUUCAACAGCAAGUUAUACAUUUUUGACAAAUUCUUAAUUUUGGAAUCUAACAAUUCUGUUUCCAAUUUUGAUUUUUCCACCUGGAAACCAACUUUUUUGUCCAAAUUGUAUGCCUCCAUUAUUUGAUAAUAAUGGAGCCAAUCUCGCACUUUAUUUUUCAAUUUUUCAAAGCUCUGCAAUUUUAUUCUGUCUCCAUCUUGAUCCAGAAUUUCCCAAUAUUUCGGCCAUUUGGCCUCCAUAUUGAGUUUUUUCUGUGCCUUCACUUCCAUUGGAGAGAAACAUCUUGGGGUUUUCUUUUCUAACAAAUCUUUAUAUCUUAUCCAAACAUUAAACAGUGCUUUUUUAACAAUAUGAUUUUUGAACGCUUUAUGUGCUUUGACCUUAUCGUACCACAAAUAUGCAUGCCAACCAAAUACAUUAUUGAAACCUUCUAAAUCCAACACGUCAGUGUUUUCAAGAAGCAGCCAUUCUCUCAGCCAGCAAAAAGCUGCUGAUUCAUAAUAAAGUUUGAGGUCUGGCAGGGCAAAUCCACCUCUUUCUUUAGCAUCAGUUAAUAUCUUAAAUUUUAUUCGAGGCUUCUUGCCCUGCCAAACAAAUCUGGAAAUAUCUUUCUGCCACUUCUUGAAACAAUCCAUCUUGUCCAAAAUUUGUAAUGUUUGAAACAAAAACAACAUCCUUGGCAGCACAUUCAUUUUUAUCACAGCAAUUCGGCCUAACAAUGAUAACUUCAAAUUUGACCAUAUUUCUAGAUCCUUUUUCACUUCUAUCCAACAUUUUUCAUAAUUAUCCUUAAAUAGAUUCACAUUUUUGGCAGUCAUGUUAACCCCUAAAUAUUUCACUUUCUUAACCAGUGUUAGUCCUGUCUCUUCCCGAAACUUCUCUCUCUCAUUCACAGUUAAAUUUUUCUCUAAAACCUUAGUUUUCGUCUUAUUCAGCUUAAAACCUGCUACUUGUCCAAAUUCUUGAAUCAGUUCCAAUACUCUUUUUGUACUGGAUUCUGGCUCCUGUAAGGUCAAUACUAAAUCAUCAGCAAAUGCUUUCAGUUUAUACUGUUUAACUCCCACUUGUAUACCUUUAACCUCUUGGUCCUUUCUUAUCAUGUGUCUCUUGUUUCUUCCAUCAGUUGCUGAGAAUAUUAUUUGGGGAUGCUUUGAAUACUUGAAAAUAAUACAAUAGCAAUGCUAAGUAUUACUCUUACUGCUACUCUUUUUUUCCUAGAUGCACAACCCUGUGGUGAGGACAAACAUUCAAGAUUUGGCAGGGGAACUUGAGAGACUUAGCAGGGUUCAGGUAGGUAUCCUCAGCUUCACUGAGGCCUCAUCUGCACUGGACCUUUAAAGCAAUAUUUCAACACUUUAAGCAGUUACGACUUCCCCCCAAGAAUACUGGGAACUGUAGUUUGUUAUGGGUGCAGAAAGAUGAGAAGACUGGAGGGGGGGCCUGGUAAAGAUGGCAGUUUAAGUUUUUUACCUCACUUCCCCAAGCACCCUUGCCCUCUAUCCAAUCUGAACUAUUGGUGUUCCCUGCAGAACGACAGAGCCCUGUUAGAACGACUCACUGAGGAAGCUGGGAAGCUCAAGGAAAUUCAGAAUACGAAGGUCCUCACAAUGGAGGACCUUGUGGUAAGUACAACAUGUCACAGAAGAGAACCCCACCCUGGGCCCCUGCUGAAGACGUCCUCGGUUUUCAGGCUUCAAGCUGAGGAUGUGCUGAACCCCUGAACUGAAUCUUUUUCAGCCUUCCUUGAAAUUCCUCAACAGUUUACUUGAUUACACUCCCGCUGCCACUGCCCCAUGUUUGCUGCAAAUUUAGCUUUAGCAAAUAUUUGUAGCUUCUUCAUUGUUGCUUUUAUCAUUGUCAGCCUAGUACAGGUGAGCACUGGCUAUUUUCAUUGCAUUUAUAUCCCACCUGCUUCUCCAUGGAGCUCAGGGUGGCACGCCUGGUUCUCCUCCACAUUUAAUCCGCACAACACUCUGUGAGGUAGGCUAGGCUGUGAGGCACCGACUGGCCCAAGGUCACCCUGUGAGCUUCAUGGCUGAGUGAGGAUUUGAACCCUGGUCUCCUAGGUUUUAGUCCAACACUCUAACCACUGCACCACACUGGCUAUAGGUCAACAGCAUACACUCCAACAUUUAUCUGAUGCAGAUAGGGACAUCCUAUUCUACAUCAGGAAGCUUCUCCCCUGUUUGAUCUCACUGCACACAUAGAUAUCCUAUACACGUCUACAUUGGUCACCUUGAGCCAACCUACUUCAAAGGAUUGUUGUAAAGAAAAAAUGUGUGAGGGAAGGUAUCAUGUACAACACCUUCAACAGAUAAAGGCAAUGAAUUAAAAUUUUAGCUGUAGGGUGCCUUGAGUCCCUGUCAGGGAAAAGGAAUGCAGUGGUACCUUGGGUUACAUACGCUUCAGGUUACAUGUGCUUCAGGUUACAGACUCCGCUAACCCAGAAAUAAUUACCUCGGGUUAAGAACUUUGCUUCAGGAUGAGAACAGAAAUUGUGCUCCGGUGGCAGCAGGAGGCCCCAUUAGCUAAAGUGGUGCUUCAGGUUAAGAACAGUUUCAGGUUAAGAACAGACCUUCAGAACGAAUUAAGUUCUUAACCCGAGGUACCACUGUAAUAAUAAUGAAAACUGUGAGACUGACCAGGAACAUACCAGAGAGUAAAUCCUCCUGAACCUAGUGGGACGUACUUCUGAGUAAAAAGGAUUGCAGUGUAAGGCUGCACUGCACAGUCUUUACCCACCCAGUCACCUGGGAGUAAGCUCAAUUGAAUACAAUGGGACUUACUUCUGAGUAGACAGUGUAAGGCUCCAUUUACAAUAUAGGAAUAAACAUUCCACACAUAUCCUAAAAAAUGGCUGGCUGCUGAAGCAUUGCAACUGAAGAAUCUAAAGUGGAUUGGGUACAUUUUCCUUCAAAAUUAUAGGAAGGGCUAUGUUUGCCAGUGCCAAAAUUUCCUUCAUUUGGUGCAGGUAUUUUAUUAUGGACAAGAGUCCAUGUUUGCACCUACACACACACAUACACACACAAGCAUGCAGCAAAGGCUCCUCUUUCCAAAAAGGACAGGGAUGGGGAUCCUGAUCUCUCCACCACUUUUAAUUGUUCUCCAAGAUGUGAAGGGGAGGAAAAAGCAAAACCAGGACAUUCUGGGAUCAAAUCAGAAACCAGGAUGGCUUCUGUAAUUCCGGGACCGUCUCUGGAAAAUAGGGACACGUGGAGGGUUUGCAAUAGGCAGGUUAGAGACUUUAAAUGAAAACCUAGGAAUGUGCUGAACUCCCUUGAAACAUUUAUUUAGUCUUAAAAUUCCUCAGAAGUUUUGCCUGAGACAGUUCACGCUUCUCAAAAAAACUUGUUUUGCUUCAUUUGUAAGCCAGUCAUAUCUCUAAGCCACACGAUGUGGCUUUGGCCCACAUGACUUCUAGAUGUGGAAAGUCUCCAAAUUGUAGGCUGCAAAUUUGGUUUUAGGUAAGGUGAAAGUGAGAGUUCUGGGUAGAGGGGAAAGCAACAGAUCAUGAGGGCAAUGGUUCUUCUAUGGGGUACGACUCACCUGUUCAUUUUCUUAUAGGCAAAGCUGAAAGAAAGUGUCGAUUACUUAUCAACGCUGGGACCUGGCUUCCAGGUAUUAUUACGGGUUAUAUAGCUGGAAUGGGGUUCUUUGGGGUGCUAAAACUCAUUCUCCAAGAGAAUUCUCCAGGUCUGCGCUAUUCUAGUAUGUUCCCGGUAGUUUUAAAUCUGUUUAUUUAUAUAAUGCAUAAUAUAUAUUAGCAUGUUUCUGAAACCUCCAGAUAUAUUCUUUUUGAGGUUGUUUGAAGGACCUUGCUUUUCUGUAAAUGUGAGUCAGCUUGCAAAUUUAAACACAAGACUUCCUCUUUUUUCUUUUUAUUUGUCUAUUUGGGAUUCAGAAAUAUUAGAAUAAUCCUAUUAGAACCAACACACCAGAACCUGAAUGAGUUCAGAAAAAAAUUAACAUCAGUACUGUGGGUGACCAGAUUGAAAAAAUGCAACGUAUUGUCUUUUCAACGCUGCACUAUCCGCUUCUGCUGCCUGUAGUUCUUAUUUGUAGAAGAGAAGCCGCAUAGCCUUUGGUCACUUCCAGACUGUCACUAUUUUCGAGGUGGUGGUGUUGGUCUCGGUUGCAUGCCAGCAAGUUCCAGUUGUGCAAUUAUAGCUGAUUGGGCUGUCUUUCCCAAAAGAUGUGUGUGUUUGCCAUAAGGAAAGUGACGGGGGAAUGCACUGGGAAGUGUGAGAUAGCACUUGCUUGAUGAAACAUUACCUAAUCUGCCCACAAACAGAUCAGAAUGGUUGUCUGGAAGUAACCUUUUUCUUGAAAUACACAUUUUAGUAUAGUUUUAAAUGUAAACUGGAAAGAAUAUCCACCCUUAAGUUUCCUCUUCAACAAAUCUUGUGCAGCAAGGAGAAAAACAGUGGAAUUCUCCAGGCAAUUGGUUUAUUGAGCAUUCAUCCAGCUUUGCUUGCACAAAGUUUAUGUGGAGUUUAGCUAUAACAAGCAUUUAUUCUGAUUUAUUUGCAGGAAGGUUAUAUGGCACUUCAAUGAGCAUCCUUCCUGCAUUUUUCUUGAUGUGCUCACAAGUUGUUUGCAAGUCUUUCCGUUUGUUCAUCUCGCACUUUUCAAUGUGUUUCACCGUAGCUUUCUCAAUUGCAAAAUGUUUGUAUUGUUUUAAAGUAGAUUCGCCGAUACUUGGACAACAUGUCAACAUGUCUCUUUAAUUGCACAAACCUAUGUAUUUGGAAUGCGCUUGAAUCUGUCCCACAAAAUGCUGACAUUCGGAAGACAGUCGAUGUGUCCAGAGUGCCUGUGUUCCCUAAGCAGCUGCCUGCCCUGCAAUUUCAGACAGACACAGUCACUUGUGGAGCUGAGACAAAUUUAAUCUGUGAUCCCAUUUCUAAUUAGUUUAUCUACUAAUUAAAUUAAUUAAAACUGGCAACCCUAUUGGGCAAUCUGGAGCAGGUUUACUCAUAAGCAAUACACACUGAGUGCAGUGGGAAUUACUCCCUAGCAAGUGUGUUUAAGAUUGCAGCUCUGGUAAAUUUAUUAAUGGCCAAGGGGUUUGUAAUAUUAUUAUUAUUAUUAUUAUUAUUAUUAUUACCCCACCCAUCUGGCUGGGUGUGGCUUCCAACAAAUUUAAAAUACAGUGGUCUGUUAAACAUUAAAGGCUUCCCUAAACAGGGCUGCCUUCAGAUGUCUUCUAAAAGUCUGGUAGUUGUUGUUUUCUUUGACAUCUGGUGGGAGGGCGUUCCACAGAGAGGGUGCCACUACCGAGAAGGCCCUCUGCCUGGAUCCCUGUAACUUGGCUUCUCGCAGUGAGGGAACCAUCAGAAGGCCCUCGGCGCUGGACCUCAGUGUCCGGGCAGAAUGAUGGGGGUGGAGACGCUCCUUCAGGUAUACUGGACCGAGGCUGUUUAGGGCUUUAAAGGUCAGCACCAACACUUUGAAUUGUGCUCAAAAACAUACCCACCAUCACCUUUAGCAUAAAUUGCUUAUGCUUUUUGUUGGUUCCUAAUUUCCAAAUUUUGUAGACAUUGUAUCUUUUCUUCCUGCUUCUUUUCUUCCUUCUAGUAUCUUCAAUAACCAGCAAACUGGGCUUUGCACGUGUAUUAUCCAUACCAUCGCCACCUUACGUAUUAAAACCCGAUUGAAAGGAACUCUUCAAGUUCUGGGUAUCUUUCUAAGCAGCAUGCAGUCCCUAUUUUACUCUUCAUUAGAAGCCCUUGCUUCUAUUUAAUUCACCACUGAGGGAUUUCAGCAAGCUCAAUCUGUAACUUCAUCUUUCAAGGAUUGUGACUGUAACAGGGUAAUGAAGUGUAAUCUAAAUUCCACCACCAGCAUCUUGCAAAAUUAUGCACCAACUGGAAAGGUUGCUUGGGGGUAUUGAACCAUAAUUACAGAGAUAGGAAACUCCUUUCGAUAAAAGAAAAGGUUCUUCAUUUCCUUCAUGUAUAUGUCAAAUACAAUGUGCAUUUUCUACACAGAAAGACUUUCUUGCUACAAAAUAGUGUGAAGCCCAUGUGUAGACUGUCAUGUGUGCUGGGGUUCUAUUAUGCUUGUUUUUUUGCUGUAUUAGUGUGGGUGGUGAUGGCUUGUGACCGUGAAACACAAACAUGUGCAACCAGCAGGCAUGAUCAUCCACACCUGCCUUUGCCAACCUGGCACCCUUCAGGUGCUUUAGAGGACAUCUGGAGGCACCAGGUUAGCAAAGGAUGCAUUGGAGGGAACCGAGGAAGAAACUGCAAGAGGUUGUCACUUUCAGCAGCUGCCCUGUGCUCCUUGUCACUUCUAGUUUCAGCCUGAUUCAUGGAGGGGAGGCCUGCCAAUGGCUUUGUACAUCAUACAAAGCAAUGUUUCUGAAUACCAGUUGCAGGAAACCAUAGAAGGAGAGAAUGCUCUUGGGCUUGGGUCCUAUUUGCAGGUUUCCCACAGGCAUGUGGGUGGCCACUGUGGAAACAGGAUGCUGGACUAGGUGGGCUAUUGACCUGGUCCAGCAACCUUUUGUGAUGCUCUUAUCAUCUGUCAGCACCCCCCAUAUUGCUAAACUUUCUCCCUGCUUCCCCAACAGGCUCAGAUAAACAAUACCGAGUCUCAGAUUGGCCUUAUUGAGAAGAUGUUUCCCAUACAGACUCGGAAAAUCCUAAGGCAGGUGAGUAGAAGGAGAGGUGAUGGCAUUAUUCAGCAUAUUUUGUGGCUGUAACAGAGGGUGAAAUAUAGGUGUGCACUGGUGUGCAAGAGCAGCAGCGGUGCUAUCAAUUUACCUCCUUUGCUGUUGAAAUGGUACGUCUGUCUUCAGCCAGAGGGCUGCUGCUCCACAUGUCAUUGUUCCAGGAGGCACCAAUGACACGGAGCACAUUCUGCAGCAAGUUAGGUCAAGUGAGCAGGAAACAUGUCGUGCAUCAGGUGCUGCACACGUCUGAAUUGCACCAGCAUAUCCUGCUUGUGAAGCCAUUUAAUUAGCCACUGUGGGGAAGACUACUGGAUUAGAUAGUAGGAGAGAAACUUGAAAUUGAGCUUGCCUAACUGGUGGCUUCAGAAACAAGACACCGACCAAAAUCAGCAUUUUUCUAAAUUUUGUAAUGCAGUUCUCCAGCCAAGUAAUUUCUACAGAAAGGCAUAUACCAGGGUAAAGUGCAUGAACAUGCAUGGUAGCAAAAAUAACAUAAAAAUGUAUUAUAUUACUGAAAGCUGUGUUGCAAAAAUAUGUAUUUUGGGAUAAAUUCACAGUAAAAUGAUUUUUUAACAUUGACCUUUUUUUAAUGGUAAACUGAUGCUACAAGAAUUGAACAUAUGACUGCAAAGGUGAGAAAGUGAAAGCAACUGAAGUUUGUGCCUCCCUACUAGAUGGGAGGAGGCCUGUUAUAUUCAUAGACCCUGCCACAAAAGCUCUCAGUCCAGGACCAGAAACACAAGGAAGGGGAGAAUGGGAGGGAAGCGGCAAAGGUGUUGUUGACAGCAAGGGUGACCACCGUUGAAACCUCCCCCUGAAUUGAAGAAAGGGAAGUGAGACAAGGUGGAAGAGAAUAAUAAAAAUGCAAGGUUGGAAAGCAAGAGGAAAGUUAGGUUUCUAGAAGUUUUCUCAAGGAAGAAAAACAGAAAGUCAGUUGGAUGUUUGUAGGAAAUGUGUGUGCAUUAGAGGCAGAAGAAACCAGGACUGACCAAAGCUAUAUGCUGUGUGUUCUCAAAGCACACAUGGGCUGCAUGAAGCAGCACUUGGAGCUGCCAGGUGCAUGUCAGCUGCCCCACAGAAGCAGCCGAGUGACUUGUCCAAGGCCAUUUAGUGAACGGAUGGCUGAAAGGGGAUUUGAACCUAGGUCUAAUGCGGAUCAUUUGAUGGCUGGAUCUGUGUUAAAACACUUUUUGCAAAUGGGCAACACAUGCAGUCUGCUUCCAAUAAAUGUGAAAUGCAACCUAGCUAACAACAUAUAUUUGCAGCAUAAUUUUUGUGUAGGAGCAAUCUUCAAUUUGGAAGAUAAUGCAUUCAUUGGUGGAGGAACAGGGUGGGGCAUCUCUGAUUACCCUCUUGAGAAGCACUGGUUGGAGUCCUUCAACCUGCACCUCCUUUCUCCUCCAGGAGCUAGAUUGCUUUGUAAGAAAAGAGGUGGGGUACAUCUCGCAGUACCUGAAAUGGCUGAGGAGUGUGGUAAGUAUGAGAUUCUUCUGCACCCAAGUGGUGCCUCAGGAGUGAGAUGGUGCUGAACCAAAGUGGCAGCGACUACUGGACAAACCUUGCCUUGGGGUGGGGUGUUGAUCAGGUGUAUUAGAAGGGCAAGAUGUCUCUUGUGGGAAAUGCAUCACGAGGGCAGAAGAAGGGAAAGUCGUGUAUAAGUGAAAGGGUCAGCUGGAUGAAGCCAGCAUAAUUCAGGAAAGAAAUUGCCUGCAUGGAGGCCUCUGUGACUUAUUGGAGGCUUGCAAAUGCCAGCUGUUCAUUAAUUGAGAUUUUUAAUUAAUUCACCAAGUCUCAAGUUGUAGUUUAGGCAGAAGUAGGUGGGCUGCUUAGCAGUAGAGAGAGGGGUGAGGUGGUAGGGAGAUUAGCGCAGUGCUAACACACCAACAGGAGACCAGAUUGGUUAUGCCAUGUGUUUGCACCACUGCAACCACCCUGCUGCCUCGCCUCUUCCCCUUUGCCUCCUGAUAAGCAACAAGGACCCACCUGCUGGGAAGCUGGUGUUAGUGGAUCUGCUUCACCUGGUAAGCAGUUUCUGAGUUUUGGUGAAAAAAGAGUGUAAGAAAUCUACUCACCUGUAUUCUGUCUCUGGCCACUUCCAUUCCAGGUGACCUGUUUUUAAAGCAGUGAUUACAAUUUGUUUGUGAGUUAUAGGAUGCUUCAACAAGCAAUUGUUAUCCCUCACUAUCCAGUGCAUUAUGCCCUCAUUUUCCUUAGCGCAAAUAUCCAGGUGUGCUUUUUUUUGGGGGGGGGACAGGUUUGUUGUACAAGAAUAACAACUUUAAUAGUGCAAGCUGAAUUUGUCAGUAUGUGACUGAAUCCUGCCCCAAAAUAGUGACAGUCUGGAAGCACCCUGUGAACAAGUUGUGAUAUGCGCAAGCAAUUCUCCUUUUCUGUUCCAGCUAACGGAGGAUGUUGCAUCAUGCAAACCCUUCUCCACUGCUCUAGACAAUGGCCGGGUGAUCUUGUGUGAUCGUAUUGCAGAUCCCUGGGUAAGUGCUCCAGAUAGUUCUUCUACUGUCUAAAAUUUGCUGGCCCUCUUCCUCUUUGCCUUUUGCUUGAUGUGUUUUCUCAGAUCCAGGGUGUGGCUAAUCAGGCCUCCCCGCCUGGCCUAUGAGGUUGUGACAGGGCAGGUAAGGACAGGGCUAAGGACCCUCUGCAGGCAUGCCAGGAUUAGGCCCCCACAUCCUCUGGACUCCCACGCAGGGGCUGCAGCCACUCCUGGCAAAGCCCUAGCCUGACUCACUAUUGCUAUUGUUUUCCAAAGAAGGUGGCAAUGGACAGCCUUCAUCAGGGCAGAUUCCCUGCUUUGAUUGAAUCUGCGCAGAGUGCGCAAACCUGUGGGAACCAGGAAUGUACAUGAGCAGCAUUUGGGAGACUUGCACAAAGCUCGCACAGUGGUCAGACUGUGUCUGGUCUUGAACAUUUGUUAUAGGGAAGGGUGUGUGUAGAAAUUAGCCGAGUUGGAGCAUUAUGGCUGACAGCAGGGAGUCUCUCUCAGCAUCUAACGCCUCUGCUCAGAGACCUGCACUGGUUACGGAUUCAGUGUGCUAGUAUAGAAAGCCCUUAACCACUUGAAAGCAGUUUACCUGCGAGAUUGCCUUUCCCCCACAUGCACCUGCUUCAAUCUGUGGAACUGCCACCAUUUCAGGUUCCAUAUAAUACUCCUUACACAGUUGCAAAAAAUCGAUCUUUCAGUGUGGCAGAGCCCUUUUUUCUUUAGGGACACCUAUCCAGACAUUCUAGGACGCGGGUGGCACUGUCGUCUAAACCACAGAGCCUAGGGCUUGCUGAUCAGUAGGUUGGCGGUUUGAAUCUCCGCGACGGGGUGAGUUCCCGCUGUUUGGUCCCAGCUCCUGCCCACCUAGCAGUUCAAAAGCACAUCCUAGUAGAUAAAUAGGUACCGCUCCGGCAGGAAGGUAAACGGGGUUUCCAUGUUCUGCUUUGGUUCGCCAGAAGCGGCUUAGUCCUGCUGGCCACAUGACCUGGAAGCUGUCUGUGGACAAACGCCGGCUCCCUCGGCCUAUAGAGCGAGAUGAGCACGCAACCCCAGAGUUGUCUGAGACUGGACCUAACGGUCAGGGGUACCUUUACUGUCAGGGAACUGCCAUCAGUGCCGGAGGGAGAGAGAGAGCUCCAGAGGGAUCCCAGAGAGCGUCAUGGGAUUGGGAGAGGCAGCCCAUCUUCUGGGGAAGGGAAUCAGCUCAGCUCCAGUGGAGAAGGGGGGCAGAUGAGGGAAUCUGAGAGGGAGUCACAUGACUCCUUGCCUGGGACCAGUGGGGGGAGGAAGGGUUCUCCGCUGCCUACGCCUUCCUUGCGCAGAAGGCUUCCACGCAGGGAAAGUAGGAAGCGACUGGGCGUGAAAGAACUUCUAUGCUGGAAGAAGUUUAAGAAACGCCCACUGACGGAUUCUGCCACGGGUGACUGGCUGUCCGGACAGAAAAGGUUCACUCAGGCAACCCAGCCAGGUGUGGGCACCGGCUUACGCACGAGCAACCCCUUGAACCAUUACAUUUACCUUUACCUUUAUCCAGACAUUCUGGCAGCAGAAGUAGUGUGUUUUAAUCUGAUUUUAGCUUAUCAUUGACACUGAUUUUUUUUUAACGCUUUAAACAGCUGCUUUCAACAGUUUAUACUGACAAUUUUACUGUUCUAUUUGUUUUGUAAGCCACUUUGAGGUUUCUCUUGACAGCCAAAGGGUAUAUGAAUUUUAUGAAGGAACGAAAUACUGUAUGAAAGUAAACUUUUCAUUUGGCGAUCUGCCAGCCAUGGCGUCCAUGUCUUCCCAGAGGAUGGAGCCCAUCACCAGGGUUUGUCUCUCUGUUCUUCCUCCCCCAGAAUGCCUUCUGGUUCAGCCUGGGCUGCUGCGCCUUCUUCCUCCUCCCCAGCAUCUUCUUCGCCAUCAAGACCACCAAGCACUUUCGUCCCAUCCGGCACCGAUUAGUGUAAGUGGGGUGGGCCUUGGGGGCGGCCUUCACAUUCAAUUCAGUUCAUCUGCUUAUUAGAUAAUUUGCACACCAGCCUUUGCUGUACAACCCCCUGGGUGACCGCCAACAAUGAAACAGCAUGGAGAAGAAAAGAUAAAAGCACAGUAAUAGCAGCCAUAAAACCAUAUUAUCCAGCACGGCUGUAGCUCAGUUAGAUGCUGUGAUGGGCGCAGGGGCAAGGGGCCUGCAGGGUGAAAUUGGGAGCAGGGACCACAAUCCAGCACCCUGUGAAUGACCCAUCAGGUCCAGAGGCCUUAUGGACACCCACAGUGUUUCCUCCCACUCUGUUAAACAGAGAAUAAAAGUCAUUGAUUUAUAAGAGCCACAUAUGUCAGCCUGUUGCCACAUAUCCCAUGGCCUUAUUUAACCUUUUUAAUCAAUACCUGUUUUAUUAGCCUUCAAACCUUUUACAUGACAGGUGUUCUACUGUCCCUUUUAAAGGUCAGUGUUGCCUCUGUAACUCCACUUAGGUGGAGACCGUCAUGCAAGUCAAUGCAGUAUACAGUGGUACCUCGGGUGACAUACGCUUCAGGUUACAUACACUUCAGGUUACAGACUCUGCUAACCCAGAAAUAGUGCUUCAGGUUAAGAACUUUGCUUCAGGAUGAGAACAGAAAUCGUGCUCCAGCGGCGUGGCAGCAGCAGGAGGCCCCAUUAGCUAAAGUGGUGCUUCAUGUUAAGAACAGUUUCAGGUUAAGAACGGACCUCCGGAAUGAAUUAAGUACUUAACCCGAGGUACCACUGUAAAUUAUCUUCUCAUGAGGCUGUUUCCAGGCUAGUCUUUGGAGACCCUUGUGAGUAUUUUCUUCUUGAGGAAAUGAGCAGGUGGCAAAUUUGAAAUGUCACUUUUUCUCUCAUGUUAUAUAACCUGUCAUUGCCCUUCAUAAUCUAUUGUAUUGAGGCUGUGGUUUGCAAUUUGGGAGUAAUUCUUAGUUGGCCAUAAUAAACAUCCUACCUUCCCCAAAACAAGCUAAUGAGGUGAAAUAGCUUCACAAAUUUGUAUUGUCACUUCUCCCCAAACCUCUCAUUUGUGUUUUUCCCCCAUGUUGUGUCUAGCUCUACUGGAUCAGAGGAAACUUACCCCUUCCAUAUCCCACGCGUCACAUCUCUGCGACUGUAAGCAACUCCAUGUGUUCGGAUAUCCAGGUGAGAGAGAUGUGCAUUCUCUGGGGAUCUGUGACCCCUGGGCUGCUCAUGCGCACGUCCUUCCCUCUUUCUGCCACAGAAUCAUCAAGUGCAAAGUUGCCACAAUAGCUCAGAGAACAAAACUUCUGGGCACCUUUGCUAGUGUGAGAAUCUCAGAGCCACCAAGUGCUCUUUGACAACAUUCAGCUUUCCCAGGUUAAGCUCUUAAAAUUACAAAAAUGGCACCAAGGUAAUAAUUACUGCUUAAAUACUUUCCUUGCUCCUUUCUAGGCAUUUGGAAGUGCCUCAGAUUCCUGUAGAUAAAACUAAAAUACUGUGCUCACUGAAUCUCUGAAUGGCAAGAGACUCUACCAGGUGUUCCUGAGGUUUAUUUUCCUUGGAAUGAGGGUCAAUGGAGAUUGUGAUGUAUUUAGAAUAUAUUGUUUUAUUUAAACACAUACACAACAUGAGCAUAGGAUGGAGGGGCGCGCAGCAGUAACACCCCAACAGAUCUUGCUUCCCCAUUACGGAUUUAUUGGCAGGAGUCCCUCUCCUGCCUUUUUUGUGACCUCCUGCCUUUUUUGUGACCUAGCUAGGAAUUUCCCUUCUUCCACAAAGACAAGCCUUGGUUUUAGAGAAAGGCAACUGACAUUGGAGCCGCCCCCUGCACCCCCCCCCCCCGCACAUUCAGCCCUCUCAAGUCAAGUCGCUCUGUGUCUCCUUUCAGUUCAGCCAAAACACACAGACACGUCCCCACUUGCCCUCUUGUUCCAGCCAGGUGAGGUGGGAAAAGCCCACCUAUUUAGCUCUAUGGCAGCAAGGCUUACACUAAACUGCUGAUGUGACAGUACCUAGCUGAGUGGCUAAGGUCAUUAACUUUACAUAGGAAUUGGUUUGACCAGUAAGUAGGUUUUUCUACUGGAUUCCAAACCUCACAGGCCAGUAAGGGACCCACUGGUAUCAUCCAAUCCUAUAACAAUCCCUCCAACCCUAUAACAAACUAGUUUUUCUCCCUUCUGUUAAUAGUACAACAGAUGAAAGUGAGGGCGAGGGCCAUUUUGCUGUCUAGGGAACAGAUAAGCACACAGAACCUUUAGGACCAGCUUCUCUCCACCUUAACCUGUUAAAUGGCAGCAGUCAUGUCAACCAUCCUCAAAUAAUCCAGCUGGAGUUUCCGACUGAGAUUCCCGAUGCCUUUCAGAACUCUGCUAAAAUCAAUUAGGCCUGUCUGCCUAUAGAGCCCCUCAUCCAGACCAUUCUCAUGUUUUUCACUUGUAGGAAUCACCAUGGGAAAAUGGCUGGAUCCUUCCAAGGGUGGCCCUCUGCGCUGCGUGGGGUUGAUACUGAGCUCUUCAUGAAGUGACUUCUCUUGGACUGAAAACUUUUUAACCCAUCACUGUUACUCAUCUCAUCACAAAUUGGCUUUCCUCCCAAGUAUCCCUUGCUGGUCCUCCUCACUCAAAGAGAGCGAGUAAAUUUGUAGAUGAUGGCCAGGUGUCCUCUUAAGCCUUUCUCUUUCUGUUGCAACCUGGUAUGAGGCCCGUUUCACCACUUGGCAGGUUACUUUUUAAUAAUAACAUAGAUGAGGCUGAGUAGGGAUGGAGGGUUCUGUAGAUUUCAGUUCUCACAGUUUCUCGUUUUUCAAAUCUUAAAUUCACUUCUCCACAUUUCUGCAUUUUUAAAAAACCCACAUCAUGAGAAUUCAUCAGCAUGUUAGUUGAUCUUCCCCUGAUAAACAUAAUAUUAUAUGCAGUGUGCUAUUUCCCUUAAUAUAUGCUUUUUUGUAAGCACUCUUUCUGGGAGAACUGCAUCACAAAAUUUCAAAUUCGUGAGACUUUUGAGGCACAGCUGUGUUUCAGUUUGCAUAUUAGAUUCAGCUUUGAAUACAUCCUGAAUCAGUUUCCUUCCCCACUUCUAGGGUAGGAGGAAUCCCCCACCUAGCAAGCGGCAAGAACUGUGGUUGUGCUGGCCUGGUGUGUCUGCGGGAGUUGAGGUUGCCAAAAUAAUUCCACAUUGCCAAAAGCAUCCACCUCCUCCCCUGAUCAAAAUCUCAGAUUUCAACUUAAUAAUCUUUAUUUAUAUAAGAAAUGGUGAAAUGUGGGAUGAAGCAGAAAACAGAUAGGCAGCAGAGAGAGAGAGAGAGAGAGAGAGAGAGAGAGAGAGAGAGAGAAAACAAUUUAUUCCCUAACCUAGCUUAGAAUACACAGCAGCUUCCAGGGUCUGAACCUGAGACCUUCUACAUGCAAGGCAGGUGCUCAACCAGCAGCCACUGGGCUGUGUUCCUCCCCUGCGUUCUCCCUCCGUGAUGCUGCCUUCCAUGUAUGCACAAAGGGGUAAUGCAGUGCUUAUUUUUAGCAAAAUUCUCUCCGCAUGCCACACCAGCAAGAAGCAAUUCAGGCACUGCUUUCCCCUGGUGCUAUGCAUGUAGGAGUGUUGCUAAAAAUAGACAUGUUAUUCUGUCCUUUGGAUGUGCAUGCCUCUGUAUGUGCCACGCAGAAAGAAAAUGGCCCGCUCCCACGUAUGCAUGAAGCUCCUGCCAUCUGAGCCCUUUGGGGACAGCAAUCCGCCGGUCUUGUGUAUAAUAAUGGCUGCAAUUUGCCCCAGUCGGUUUGGGAACAUUGGCCUAUUAAUAAAUAAGGCACUUUGGAAAGAUGUGGCUAUCAAAA